AUCAACAGCAACUCUCGACCCGGAAGCAGUUUGAUACGACGUCCGGUUUCCGGAGUGUAAAAAUGUCGCCUCCCUUGUUCAAUUUUGUCGAAGCUAAAGACAAGUUUUCGGCGUCCAUCAAACAAGCACUGACGGGGAAAAGCUGCAAACUAAUACUAAACUCUUUCAAUCAAAUCCCCGGGAAUGAAACCGAAAAGAAGACCACACUUGACCAAGCUUUUAGGGGAAGUCUCGGAGAGCAAAUUGUCGACCAAACGACGAGCUGUGACGACUACCUGACUCUAAUCUUCAUGAGUAUUGAUGUAGUCACUGAAGGGAUCUGCUCUGCUACGACUCCUUUCAUCCUGCUAGGAGAUGUCCUGGACAGUCUUCCUCUCGACCAGUGCGACAAAAUCUUCUCCUUUGUUGAAGAGAAUGUUUCCACCUGGAAAUCUAGCUCAUUUUACACUGCUGGCAAGAACUACUUGUUGAGGAUGUGUAAUGAUCUUUUACGGCGGCUGUCCAAGUCUCAGAAUACAGUUUUCUGUGGGCGGAUCCAACUGUUCCUGGCGCGUCUUUUCCCUUUGUCGGAAAAAUCUGGUCUAAAUCUACAGAGCCAGUUCAACCUGGACAAUGUGACUGUCUUUAACAAAAAUGAAGGCGAAAGCACUUUUGGGCAAAAACACACGGAAGAGAAGGAAGACAGCAUGGAGGUGGAGGAAGGAGAAAUGGGAGAGGAGGAUGCACCAGCAUCGUGUUCCAUUCCCAUCGACUACAACCUGUACAGAAAGUUCUGGACGCUGCAGGACUACUUCAGAAACCCACUGCAGUGCUACGAGAAAGUGUCCUGGAUGACUUUCCUCAAGUACUCAGACGAGACCUUGGCGGUGUUCAAGAGCUUCAAACUGGACGACAUGCAGGCCACUAAGAAGAAGCUGGAGGAGCUCCGAGCGUCCAGCGGAGAACACGUUUACUUUGCUAAGUUCCUCACUAAUGAGAAGCUGAUGGACUUGCAGCUGAGCGACAGUAACUUCCGGCGUCACAUUCUGCUGCAGUACUUGAUCCUCUUCCAGUACUUGAAAGGCCAAGUUAAAUUCAGAAGCUCCACCUGCGCGUUGAACGACGACCAGACCGCCUGGAUCGAGGACACCACUAAGCUGGUUUAUCAGCUUCUCGGUGAGAUUCCUCCUGAUGGGGACAAGUUUGCCACCAUGGUGGAGCACAUCCUCAACACAGAAGACAACUGGAACGCUUGGAAAAAUGAAGGCUGUCCAAGUUUUGUGAGGGAACGGCCCACUGAUGACAAACCUAAAAGGCCCACCAGGAAGCGAGCGGCUCCAGAAGACUUCCUGGGAAAAGGACCCGACAGAAAGAUCUUCAUGGGGAAUGAUGAACUGACUCGCCUGUGGAACCUCAACUUGGACAAUCUUGAUGCCUGCAAGUCAGAGAACAGGGAGUUCAUGCCUUCACUUGAUGAGUUCUUUGCUGAGGCCAUCGAGCAGGCCGACCCUGUCAACAUGGUGGAAGAGGAGUACAAAGUUGUUCGGAAUCCAAACUACGGCUGGCGAGCGCUGAGGCUGUUGUCCAGAAGAAGUCCUCACUUUUUUCAGCCCACCAACCAGAAGUUCAACAGCCUGGCAGAGUACUUGGACAGUAUGGUCAGCAAGCUGGCCAAGGAGCUACCAAAGGACAUUCCUUCUGAGGAGAUUAAAACUGGCGAAGAUGACGAUGAUGAAAAUGGAGACAAUCUGCUCAAAGACAGCAACGACAGUCCAAGCAUGCCUAGCAAACUAGUGAGCAACCAGCAGAUGGAUGACAUUGCGUCCAAAAUGGGCGCACGCUGGAAGAUGCUGGUCUCUCACUUGGACAUGAGGGCAGCCGAGCUGCGUGAGAUUGAGGCCGAGAGCGACGAUGUGGACAUCCAAGCCAAACUGCUGCUGGUCACCUGGCAGGACCGUGAAGGGGCUCAGGCCACUGUAGAAAACUUGGUAGUGGCCCUCAAUGCUGCUGGCUUCUGCAAGUUGGCGGAUGGCCUCAGUGAGGCCUGAGAACUUGAAACUUUUUUUUUUUUUUUUAAGUGUGGUGUCAGGCCAAACAUGUUUUUGUAUGGAGUGAGUUGAGUGUAGAAAGUGUUUAGUUUCCGAGCUGACUGAUUAAAGGUUUUGCUACAUAA